AUGGCAGCAACACCACAAUCUACAUCCUGUCGCCUGAACGAGCUCUAUUCGGACAACAUUGUUGCCAAAGUAGUCCGCACUGCAACAACCGCUCUUCAGGACAACAAUGACCCGCCCACCAAAUACCCCGAAUAUGUUUUGCAGUCUGGCCCUUCGGCAAACGGUAGGUGGGAGUUGCGCGACAAGGAUUUUUGGACGUGUGGCUUCUUUCCCGGCCAGAUCUAUGCGCUGCUCGAGCGUGCCAUCCGCUGGCCCGGGAGCUUGAAUGUGUCAUCCCCUGGAAACGGCAAUGCCCAGAAGAUACCCGUUGCGCCACUCAUCAAGCACCUGGAAAGUCUGGGAAAGAAAUGGUCCGAGCCUCUGCACGAGACGGCCACUCGCACAGACACCCACGACAUGUCCUUCAUGAUCCAACCCUCUAUGCGUCGGCGUUGGGAACUCUUGCACGACAGCGCCGCCCUGGAUUCGGUCCUGACAGCCGCCCGGGGCCUGCACAGCCGCUUCAAUGCCACCGUCGGUGCCAUCCGCUCCUGGGACCGCCUGGUCCAGGACGGUGUCGACAUCAGCAGUCUAGACGACGAUUUUCUCGUCAUCGUCGACAGCAUGUGCAAUCUCGACCUGCUCUACUACGCGGCCGCCCACACGGGCGACGGCACCCUGGCCGACGCCGCCACCGCGCACGCCCGUACAGUGAAGAAGACCCUCUUCCGGACCGAGACGGGUGGCUGCUGGGACCCGGGUGCCUAUACGGGCGAGGUCUACAGCACCUGUCACGUUGCCAACCUGGACCCCCGGACCGGCGAGGUUAAGGAGCGCAGGACCGCACAGGGCUACGCGGCCGACUCGACGUGGACGCGGGGCCAGGCCUGGGGCAUCCUCGGGUUCGCGCAGACUUUUGUCUGGACUCGGGACCAAGAAUUCCUAGAUGCCGCGUGCGGGUUGGCCGAGUACUUCCUGUGCCGGCUUGAUACGGCACCGCUGUGCGUGUACCGUCCUGUCGUCGACGGCGGCGAGGACGGCCGGACCAAGGGUAAAUGGGUGCCGCUGUGGGAUUUUGAUGCGCCCUUCGACCCGGAGGCUACCGAGGUUGGGCCGCUACGGGACGCCUCUGCGGGUGUCAUCGCAGCCAAUGGGCUCUUGGUGCUGUCGCAGGCGCUGGCCGGGCAGGAUAGGUACAACCUCGCUCAGCGUUACUACGAGGCGGCGGUUGAUAUUGUUGAUGACACAUUGGUACUGUGUCUUGCGCAAGAGAAGGCGACAUUUGCUGCGGCGGAUGAAGGAGAGCUGUUCAAGGUGCGAGACGUCGAAGAGAACAAGACUUUUGAGGCCAUCGUCAAACAUGCCACUGCCAACAGGAACAAGUCUGAUAGACAUCAGUACUGGGACCAUGGGCUGGUCUAUCUUGAUUACUAUCUGAUUGAGUUUGGGAACCGGCUGUUGCAGAUGGGGUUCGUGUAG